AAAGUCUUCGCUGAGCCGCGGAUCGCGAGUUUAAAGCUGGGCAGGAAGUGGGGAAGAGGGGGCGGGGGAGACAAAGGGGGCUGGAUGCUCUGCUCAGCUAAGAUUUGGGCCAGGACUCCUGGUGUUGCACCCCCGCCCGCAGACCCCGCCCCCCGUGCCCUAGGCGAGGGGGCGGAGGCGCGCCCCCCAGGCUCAGGUAGGCGCGACUGUGCAGGUGCGGCGCAAAUAAAUGUCCAGACUUCUGCCUCCAGGCGUUAGCCACUCUUCGAUACGCUAUCCAGGAAAUAAACAACAGUAGACGAUGUUUCCUGACCUUCUAUUAGUACUGUACGUGACACCGUGACAGGCACUUUAUAUUCGCUCUUCUCUCUCCCUACUAUCAAUCACACCCGUUUCACAAAAGAGGAAACUGAGGCACAAUGAAGUUAGGUCCUGUGCCCGUAGUCCCACAGCUGGCGCGUAUUAGAAUUCAAACCCAUCAUCUUCGUCCUGCCAGGUAUGAAUAAGGCACGGUUAGGUCCCCGCAGGAAGAACCCCCAUCCGGAGGGUCUGGCGGGCAAGUGAACAGAAAACCACAGGCACCGUAAUGCCCUGGGAGUGAGGCGGACAAGGGACAGAACCUCUUGCCCGCCUGCUCCUCCCGUCUGGCUCCGCAAAUACCUGCGGGUUAAUUGAGGGCAAGAAGGCAGUUGGGUGCAGUGAAAGACCUGGACUAGGUAUGCUCUGGUUGCAAGUGGGGCAUUGAUGGGCUGCAGAGUCAUCAGUACAACAUAAGAUUUCCCAAAAUUUCCCGCUCAGGAGAAUCACCUGGAGAGUUUAACAAUCCAUAUUAUCAGACCCCUCCCGCACAGUGAAUCACCCAGCCAGGUGUUACUAACAGUCAAGUUUGGAGCGUUCCAGAGGUGUGUUCUUUAUGAGAAACGAUUUCAUCUUCAAAUAGGGAUAAAAACCGAGGGCGCAUUUCCCUGGCCAAUUCCGAGGCUCACUGGGGCGGUAUCAACCGGUAGCUCACUGGAAGUCACGUGAGUUGGGUCAACAGAAGCACCUCCGCCGCUAAACGCCUCUUCCCUGAGUUUCGGAAAGCCCAGAGGGGCGCACGCUGCCCCGCCUCCUCUCUCCGCCAGGCGACUACAAAUCCCAUCCUGCCUUGCGCUCGCGCACGUUACGCCAGAGCAAGAUGGCCGACACGACGGCCACUGCUGGGGCUAGCAGCUCCGGAACGAGAUCAGGAAGUAAACAGUCCACUAAUCCUGCUGAUAACUACCAUCUAGCCCGGAGGCGAACCCUGCAAGUGGUUGUGAGCUCCUUGCUCACAGAAGCAGGGUUUGAGAGCGCUGAAAAGGCGUCUGUGGAAACGUUGACAGAGAUGCUACAAAGCUACAUUUCAGAAAUUGGGAGGAGUGCCAAGUCUUACUGUGAGCACACCGCCAGGACCCAGCCCACGCUGUCAGAUAUCGUGGUCACACUUGUUGAGAUGGGUUUCAAUGUGGACACGCUCCCUGCUUAUGCAAAACGGUCUCAGAGGAUGGUCAUCACUGCCCCUCCAGUAACCAAUCAGCCGGUGACUCCCAAGGCCCUGACUGCAGGGCAGAACCGACCUCACCCACCGCACAUCCCCAGCCAUUUUCCUGAGUUCCCUGACCCCCACACUUACAUCAAAACUCCGACAUACCGGGAGCCUGUGUCGGACUACCAGGUCCUGCGGGAGAAGGCUGCGUCCCAGAGACGAGAUGUGGAGCGGGCACUCACCCGUUUUAUGGCCAAGACAGGCGAGACCCAGAGUCUUUUCAAAGAUGACGUCAGCACGUUUCCAUUGAUUGCGGCCAGACCUUUCACCAUCCCCUACCUGACGGCUCUUCUUCCAUCUGAGCUGGAGAUGCAACAAAUGGAAGAGACGGAUUCCUCAGAGCAGGAUGAGCAGACAGACACCGAGAACCUCCCUCUUCAUAUCAGCACGGAUGAUUCCGGAGCCGAGAAGGAGAACACAUCUGUCCUGCAGCAGAACCCCUCCUUGCCGGGGAGCCGUAAUGGGGAGGAGAACAUCAUCGACAACCCCUACCUGCGACCUGUGAAGAAGCCCAAGAUCCGCAGGAAGAAGUCCCUCUCGUGAGCUGAGAAGGAAGCCUGCCUCGUACAGAGACGUGGACACCACCUUCCUGGGGGAGUUAAAGCCACUUGAGGGAAGAAGAAAGGGUGGCUUCCUCAUGGUCCAGCCAAGGCUGCCUGGGUGUGACCGGGCAUGAUUUUAGUAGCAAACUAUAUUAAGAUUACCUAUUUUCACUGGAUGUUUGGGUUGAGUAAGAUCGGAUGGUAAUAACGAGGCUUGCUUAAUCAACCAGGUCAUCCUGUGGGGCGUGGGAACCACUGGUGACUUGAUUUACUGUCAUAAGACUUGAUUCCUUUGGAACUUGGAAGGCCAGGGGAGGUGGUAGGAGAGAGAGUGCCAGAAAGACUGUUUGCCUAGUUUCUAUUUCAGGAUAUCCGGAUCCCUAGUAUUGACUCUCAAACAACCUGUGGCACCAAUUUAUCUUCCUAGGACCUCAUUCUUAUUUCUCUCCUCACCUGGGCUUCAGGUGCCCUGUUGAGCUGACCAAAGGUAACUUAGCCCUCCCACACCGUGUUGGGCACAGGGGGCCCACACAUCACUCCUUGAUCAGGGGCCGGCAGGAAUCAGGAGGCCUGAGCAGAUACGUAAUGUGGAGGAGAGUGAUGCGUAAGGGCAGCACCAAUUCUCUCAUUAGCAUCUGCUGAACUCCCUGAAGUAGGGCAACCCUAUCUCCUGAGAGAUUUAUCGUUUAUAUCUUUCUGUGGAAUGUUAUGUCCUGUCCCAUGCUGGGAAAAGAGUUUUCUCUCACAAGAGCCUACCUAGAUCAGUGGGUUUGUUAUGCUGUGACUUGAUAGAGGAAUCACCAACUUGAAUAAACAGGACAAGGAUCUGAUGGGGGGUCGGGGAGGCACAGGGGGUUGGGUGAUGAGAUUCUGAGGGCUGGAUUUAGCCUUGUAUUCGGAAAGCUGAGAAGCCUGGUUGAUCUGCUGGAAGGCCUGCACAGACGGAGGGCCAUGCUCCCAUCUUGUGGAAGUGGGCUGAGAGCAGCCUGCAGGCCAAACCUAGGUGUCCUUCCAGAAGCAGGUCCGAAUUUGCUCAACCUCUUUACCUCCUGGGAAGAGAAGAUUCCGUUCUUGAUGUACCUGACAAACCAAACAAGUCUCUAAGGAAGAUAUUGGGCAAGCUGAUACCCUUUGGCUGGUCUCUGGAGGAAGAGAUUUAAAAACCAAGUCUCAGGAAGAAAAACGCCGGUGACACCUGGAAGUUAACACAGGAUAAUCGAGGAGUCCCCUGGGUUAUCAUCCUGAAGUCCACAUUGAACUCUCCUUAUACUCGGUUUUCACAGUCUUCUCUUAAUCUUCUGUGCUCUUGGUGAACUUGAAAACUCAAUAAACUUGGUGACUUGACAGCAGGCUCCAUGUUCCUCUGGGCUCACUGUUCUCUAGCGCAUUCCAUCCCAUCUCCUGGAAGGAAAGAGCUGCUUGUCAGUAACUGAAGGGGGCUUGCUCAUGAGAAACCAGCUCUGGACCAGAUAAAGAGUUUUUCAGAUUUGUAGUGACCUGAAACUCUUCCAGUUGAAAGCAGUCUGGUGAGCCUAUGCUGACCCCUCAGCAUGUGUGAUACGGCUCCUGGCAGUGCUUGGCCUGUUGAGUUACUUCAUUCAACGUCCCACGUUUGAGCCAUGGCAGGUGCAUGGCUUGCUGCCUUCACUGCUCUUGGGAACAAUCAUCUCAGCCAACAUUUCUGCCGUUCCUCUUUUCACCAUCUAAGACAAAGCCCUGUUGAGUGCCUGUCACGCUGAGGGAAAAGGUGGGAUUUGGAAAAGAGUCGCCAUUUCUGCUGCGAGAAUUUCAGAGGCGGUACUGCUGUAAUUCUGUUCUGGGUGAGAGACACUGGGAGAUGGUUAGGCAACUUGAAACAUUGACCCGACUGUUGUUAUUGUGUAAAAACUGCAUACUUCUCAGUAUAUUUAUAAAUUUCUAUUUUUUGUAACUUUGGGGGAAUUCUUAGAGGGAAAACGGCCAGAUUAAGAAUGUGAUUUAUGAGCUCUUAAUAAAAUGUCAUUAAAAAAACUUCAUAAAUGAAACAGAAUUCUAA